CAUCUCCACCUAGAACCAGGAGUUCCAUGAGAUUCUUCCCCACGUGGUGAGCUCCAUCUCCACCAAGAACCAGGAGUUCCAUGAGGUUCUCCAACUUCACCACAUGUGAGCUCCAUCUCCAGCUGGACCUCAUGGACGGAGGGUAUCCAGGGAUUGUCUCCGUCCUUUCCCGCCCGGACAAGGAGAAGUCCUUGAGGUCCAUCCCGACCUUCUGGCUGUGUCACUGCCUGGUUCUUCGCUGCGGGAAUCACGAGGAACAUCCUGGAUCUGUGGGGUCUCCAUGGGGUUGGGAAGGUGGGAGAAGUUCACCUGGACACCAGGGGACUACAGUGACAUUUCUCCACCACAGGGAAAAGACCUGGGAGGUCCCCAUGGGACUGGUGGCCCUGGGGGGGGGUUGUGUCACCAUGUCACCAUGUCCAUCCUGUCCCACACACAUUGGCACCACCAGGACCUGUCUCGGAACCCACCGGGUCUGUUGGACCUGUCCCAGGACCUCCCAUCUGCUCCUGGUUCUUCUGGGCCCAUCUUGGGGUCCAUCAUCUCCUCCUGGCCCUCCUGAGCCCAUCAUGGGGUCCAUCAUCUCCUAUUGGUCCUACAGGACCCAUCUUGGGGUCCACCAUCAACUCCUGGAGCCAUUUUGGGGUCCAUCAUCUCUUCCUGGUCCUCCUCGGGCCAUACUGGGGUCCACCAUCAACUCCUGGAGCCAUUUUGGGGUCCAUCAUCUCUUCCUGGUCCUCCUCGGGUCAUACUGGGGUCCACCAUCAGCUCCUGGAGCCAUUUUGGGGUCCAUCAUCUCUUCCUGGUCCUCCUCGGGCCAUGCUGGGGUCCACCAUCAACUCCUGGAGCCAUUUUGGGGUCCAUCCUCUCCUCCUUGCCCUCCUGGGCCCAUCUUGGGGUCCACCAUCAACUCCUGGAGCCAUUUUGGGGUCCGUCAUCUCCUCCUCAUCCUCCUGGACCCAUCUUGGCCCUCAUCACCUCCCCCAGCUUCUGCUGGACCUGUUUUGGUGCCCUUUCCCUCCUCCUCCUGGACCCAUCCUGGUGUUCAUCUUCUCCUGGCCCUCCAGGUCUCACCUUGGUGUCCAUCUCCUCCUGCUCCUGCUGGACCCAUCCCGGUGUCCCCAGUGUCCUCCAGGACCCAUCUUGGUGUCCCCAAUCUCCUCCUGGACCCACCUUGGUGGCCCCCAUCGCCUCCAGGUCCAACCCUGGUGCCCCCAAAUCUCCACCUGGUCCUGCCCAACCCACCUGGGCACCAUCAUCUGCUCCAGAUCCCACCUGAGCACCCCCCAAAUCCCUCCAGGUCCUCCUGGUCCCCCCAGAUCUCCAUCAGGUCCCGUCCUGGUGACCCCAACCAAACUUGGUGCCUCCACCUCUUCCAGGUUUCACCUUGGUGACCCCAAAUCUCUUCCAGGUCCUGCGGGUCCCACCUUGGUGCUCCCAUCACCUCCAGGACCCAUCUUGGUGACCCCAAAUCUUCUCCAGGUCACAUCUUGGUGCCCUCAAUCUUCUUCAGGACCAACCUUGGUGCCCCCAGUCUUCUUCAGGACACCAUCAUCUGCUCCAGGCCCACCUGGGCACCCCCCAGCUUCCACCAGGUCCUCCAGGACCCACCUUGGUGCCCCCCAGUCUCCAGCAGGUCCCACCUUGGUGCCCCAACCUCUUCCAGGUCCGCCAGAUCCCACCUGGGCAACCCCAAAUCUCCACCAAGUCCCACCUUGGUGCCCUCCAGCUUCCAGCAGGACCUCCUUGGUGCCCCCACCACUUCCAGGUCCCACCUUGGUGCUCCCAAAUCUCCUCCAGGUCCUCCACAUCCCACCCUGA